AUGCCCCCAGUCCAUCGCACCGUGUAUCCUCCCUGUGAGGGUUGCGAAGGCUAUCCGCCUCCAGGGAAUAGCUUCCCCCGCUGCUCUGGCUGCCACACCACGCCGUUCUGCUCAGCCCAAUGCCAGAGCGCCGCCUGGAAGUCGCACAAGGGAAUCUGCAAGCAGAUGAUGCAAGCCGAUCAUUCUCCUGCAGCCGCUCUCGAGCGUAGGCAAUGGGGGCAUUGGCGGGUGGAACAUAACGACAGUCUCGGUAUUGCAUGCUCACACGCCGUCCGUGAGUUAUGCCAUGGAGAUCCCUCUCGGAUAGAGAGUUAUGACUGGGAUAAGACUCUCAUCGGCAUUCACGUCGUGUCUAAUGCCUACCAGAGGCACCUCCCACGUUCACAGUCGAUCCACCCCGUCAGUAUCGAGGCGCUGAAGCGGGAGAGGUACCUGCCUGUGGACCUCGACGAUUAUUGUAAGCGACGUGUAAGUGCUCAAGCCGAAUGGGUGGCCGAUGCACGCAGCAAGGGCGAAGAGGAACCGUUGGCGAUGGUCAUCGUCAUGCUCGACUGUGUCGAUACCAUCUCCUUCUCGCUCCUGUGUCAUCCGAUCUUCAAAUCGUUCAUGACGAGGACCGCUUCUCUGCCGAUGGAUGCGUUCGGGUGGAGGCAGACGUUUGCCCAGCUACUAUUCAACGGGCACUGUGCAGUAGAAUUGAGGAGGGGGGAGUCUACCAGACGGGGUGUCAUAACAGAUUCCUGGGACCCAGCCACCCGUCGUUUCCACGCUAGGGAGGUGAACGGCAGUGAGCUGGAGAGGGCUGGCUAUGCGCCACAAACUUACGGUGUGGUUCACGCACCCCUAUCUCAUGGCGCCAAGGUAAAAUUUGACGCGUCGCUUAUACAACUUGACGAGGCCGGGGAGUGGACGUGGGCAUUCAGUUAUGGGCAUUGA